GUUACUGAGUAAGUAGCAGUGUACAGUAGUAAUAAGUAUUAUUUAUCAAUUAUCAAUACCCAUAAAUUAUUGAAAUUAAUUUCCUUGGUUAAAAAAAUUAAUUAAAUAAAUAUAUUAAAGACUCUCCAAAUCUGGGUCAGCUUCUUUCUGUCCAAAAGUCCGAUCGCUUCUUCUCUUUCUCUGCUCUCUGUGAUUAAUUUCUUCCUUUUCUUUGUCCCACCCAAUAGAACUUAUAACACAUGUACACACUACAAAGUCUUGCUCUUUCUCUCUCUAUAAUUCAACUCUGAGCUGCCACCAUCUUGCUUGCUGAUUUCUUGCCACCAUUUUCAUUCCUCAGAUUCAAUCAGGAAUUCUUACAAGUGAAGGUUUAACUUUCAGUUCUGCUAUCUGGUGAUUGCUUCAUAAAUUUGGUGAAGUGAUGAGAAUGUCAAGCAAUGAAGUGUAGAUUUGAGCAAUGGGUUGUGUACUUGGUCGUGAGGCUUCUUCGCCUGAUGUAAGAAAUGAGUCUAAGGAACGGAGGAGGGAUGCUGCAAAUCAUGAGAGGAAGCAUAGGAAUUUGGUUGUUGAAUCAAAUGAGGUGCCAGGGGCUGCAGCUAUAGUUCAGGUAGAUAAUGGCAAUAAUGGCGUCCAAGUCAAUGCCAACGAGGAGGUCAAGGAGGAGAAGGUAGAAGGUGAUCCAAAGCCAAAGGGUGAAAGGAGAAGGUCAAAGGCAAAUCCUAGGUUAAGUAACCCCCCUAGGCAUAAAUAUGGGGAACAAGUUGCUGCUGGAUGGCCGUCUUGGCUAUCGGCUCAUGUUGGAGAAGCAAUUGAGGGUUGGCUUCCUCGUCGUGCUGACACUUUUGAAAAGAUAGAUAAGAUUGGAUCAGGAACAUAUAGCAAUGUGUAUAAAGCAAGAGAUACUAUUACCGGUAAAAUUGUUGCCCUUAAAAAAGUGCGAUUUGAUAACCUUGAACCUGAAAGUGUGAGAUUCAUGGCUAGAGAAAUAAUCAUUCUGCGGCGAUUGGAUCAUCCAAAUGUGAUAAAAUUGGAGGGUCUGGUUACAUCAAGAAUGUCCUGUAGUUUAUACCUUGUUUUUGAGUACAUGGAGCAUGAUUUAGCUGGACUAGCUGCUAGUCCAGAAAUAAAGUUUACUGAACCACAGGUUAAAUGCUAUAUGAAACAGUUAUUGUCCGGAUUGGAGCAUUGUCACAAACGCCAUGUGCUGCACCGUGACAUUAAAGGGUCAAACCUUCUCCUGGACAAUUCAGGCAUACUCCGGAUCGCUGAUUUUGGAUUGGCUACCAUUUUUGAUCCGAACCACAAGCACCCAAUGACUAGUCGUGUAGUUACAUUGUGGUAUCGUCCUCCAGAGCUUCUUCUUGGUGCUACUGAUUAUAGUGUGGGCAUCGAUUUGUGGAGUGCGGGAUGCAUUUUGGCUGAGUUAUUGGCAGGAAAGCCUAUUAUGCCUGGUCGUACUGAGGUAGAACAACUGCAUAAGAUAUAUAAGCUUUGUGGGUCACCUACUGAGGAGUAUUGGAAGAAGUGCAAGCUUCCAAAUGCAACACUAUUUAAGCCCCGAGAUCCUUACAAGCGAUGUAUUAGGGAGACCUUUAAGGACUUCCCUCCAUCAUCUCUGCCACUGAUUGAUACCCUCCUUGCGAUUGACCCGGAACAUCGAAAGACAGCAACAGAUGCAUUACAAAGUGAAUUUUUCACAACUGAACCUUAUGCUUGUGAUCCGGCCAGUCUGCCACAGUAUCCGCCUAGCAAAGAGAUGGAUGCCAAGCGUCGAGAUGAUGAAGCUCGAAGACAAAGAGCUGCUAAUAAAGCACAGGGUGAUAAUCCUAAGAGAAACCGCACUCGUGCUGCCCGGGCGAUUCCUGCACCUGAUGCCAAUGCUGAACUGCAGUCUAAUCUUGAUCGGCGUCGUUUGAUCUCGCAUGCAAAUGCUAAGAGCAAGAGUGAGAAGUUUCCCCCACCACACCAGGAUGGAGCAUUAGGUGUUCCAUUGGGUGCUUCACAUCAUAUUGACCCGUCCCUUGUACCUCCUGACGUGCCAUUCAGUUCCACCUCGUUCAUUUAUUCGAAAGAACCUGUUCAAAAUUGGUCUGGUCCAAUUGUAGACCCUGGUAGCGGCGGCGGUAGACGAAAGAAGAAUUCUGGAAAUGAUGCACGGGAGUCCAGAAAAACUUCUACAGGAAGGAAAGAUAGAAAAUAGCAAUUUUUUCAGGGUGAUAUAGAAAAGGCAAUAUUGGAAAUAGAUUGUCAAGCUAUAUAUGGAGGAAUCAGAUUUAGGCCCUGACCACGGGAAACCUUGGAUUCAUUAUGCAGAGCUUUCAUAUUUCCUAGCGGAUGAAGCUGUGUCGGAGUAGUCUGUUCAGCAAUCAAGGUUGUUGGCCCAUCCAUUUUUCCGUAAGUAUAAAGUCAUAGUUUCUUUUAGAUUUGUUCUGGGGGGCUUUGUGGCUUCCCUUGUUACUGUGUAUAUGUUUCGUCUUUGGUCAGUUCCUAAAUUUUGAGAUCAUUGUGCAUCUGUUUAUUUAUUCAAAAUAUUUUGCAUAAAGAUGGCUGCUCGUUCUUUCUUUUUGCCCCCUUGAAUUAGACAGACCAGCUUUACAUCUGAAAUAAGUUUUUAAGUUGAUAAUGAGAUGCCUUCUUAUUCUAAUAGCACAGUACAUGGAUACGUGACAUUAAUUGAGCGUCAUGGCUUGAUAUGUAGAGAGGGCUUCUUUAUAUUGAUCUAUCACGAUGGCAAUUGCCCAGCAUGAUGUGAUAAAAAUCUGCCUUUUAUCUGCUGCCUCUAUGCAUGAUGUGUUUCUCUUCCCUUUGUUAACUCGUUAAUGUUGUGGUUGCCGCCAAUGUGUUUGUAUGAUUGAUAAAUUGAGAGGAUCAGAGAAUCGUAUUUGCCCGUAUCCCGUUCAUUAGUAAUGAUCAAUGUAUUUACUGCAUUGGCCUUACGCCAUGUCUUUUAAGUUGCUUGAAAGUUGAAACCUUUCAGGUGAACUAGGUUCAAAAGUGUAUAUGCAUAAAUUUUGAGUAGCAGUUUUAAUAACGCUGUGCGGUCCAUACAGUCAGCUGCUCAAGAAUAUUGAAUCAAAGGGCAAACCCACAAGCACUUCCCCUCGUAUUAAUUUGGACUUAUCAACCAUGUGAGAGUUUUUCAUAUUUUUUUGUUCUUGUUUUGAAGAUAGGAUGAUAUCUGGCGAGGCAUAACUUUAAUUUUAGUAUAAGAGAGAAAAUGUGGGCAGUAACAACCACCACCCAACAUGGUUCUAAAGAGAUUUUAGAAACUUAAGCUGAAGCCCAAGCUCGAAGAAAGAUGGACCGUGUAACUUGAACACAAGGAAAGGCCAAUAUAUGUGUCUCCUGAAAACUAAUACUAUGUUGUACACAUUAUGCCCUUCAUUAAACGCACAAAUAUGUGUUUCAUUAAACUAUAGCGGUCAUUUAAAUAAAAACUAUACAUAAAUGAUUCAUAAUUUUAUUUUUGUCUUAUAGGAGUAUAUUUCUUUUUUAGUGCGUAGAAUCAUUUUAUUCUGAAUAACUAAUUGAUUAAAAAUUUUUUAAACUCAACCCAAAUUAACAACACCAAAACUCAUUAAAAAAUAUAUUACAAUCUUUCCAGAAAAAUUAACUCACAUAAUUUAAGAUUGUUUUUUUUUUUUAAUUCUUUGACCUCAAAUGGAGCUUAAUAUUUUAAGUUGCAUCUCCAUGGGGCGGGGCGGGAGAGCGGUGAGCAC